UGAACAGGGCUGAGGAGAAAAAAAAAAAAAAAAAAAAAGACGGCGUCGUCGCUCGAGCGCUUUCACUGAAGCGGGUUUAAAAAAAAUAAAUAUGGCGAGGGAAUGAGUUUAUAAUUCGCGCGCGCAGAUUAGCAAAGAACAGACCUGCUGAUCGGUUCCCCUGCUGUCGGAUGUUUCGCAAUACGGUCACUGCAGCGUAAGGACAGACGUAAGGACCUCCGCUUUCAGUCUCCCCCAUCUGGCGCCCCGCAUCUGUCCAGACGCUCUCUGAACCGCCGGGAUCCGAGUGGAUUUGAAAGGCUGACUGGAGCGAAAAAUCUGCCUCCCAGGUAAAAUGGCUGAUACCACAGAAGCAGAGAGCUGAGCAUCACACAUUGCCCCCCCUUUCUUCUAUGUUCGAGGAUCAUUUUAUGUGGACAUUUUCCCCUUCCAUUUCAAUUUUCUCAUCAUGGCUAUGCAUGAUAUGAAUCGUGCCAAGGGUUUUCCUUGCAAAGAAUGCGACAUGAUAUGCCCAAGUACACCUAGUCUUCUGGAGCAUAUGAAAGCCCACUAUCACCAAGAAGCGAUUGGCAGAUUUGAAUGUGAACAGUGUGGACGAAUUUUCAAGCAUGCCAGUAGCUUGGCGUCGCACAAAAAGUCCCACGAGCUGGGUUCUUUCCAGUGCCCAGUGUGUACCAGAACACUACCCAAUGCAAUAGCCCUGAAGAACCACCUCCGCAUUCACACUCUGUCUCCUAGUGCACAAGCUGAAGAGGAGAAUGAGGAUGGUGUUGAUGAAGAUAGGGAUUAUGGCUUAGCACAAGAUCUUUCUGACACAGGUUACCGGGGCCACCUGAACAGCAGCGGCAGCAUGAUGGCGGGCCACGACCACGACAAGCAGAAGUCUCCGGGGUCCGAAGAUGCUUGGGACAGGCCGUUCAAGUGUGACCAGUGUGACAGGACCUACCGGCACCACGGCAGCUUGGUCAACCACAAGAAGUCCCAUCAGGAAGGCACUUACAAGUGUACCGUCUGUUACAAGCAGUUCAGCAAUCUGGCAGCGCUCGGGGCCCAUGAGCGCACCCAUUCCAAGUUCAAGCCUCCUGGGAUGUCCAUGGGAAGCCUCGUGCCGGAGGCGUCGUCCGAACAUCGCCCCCCUGCCCCCCAAAACGACGACAUGGCAGCCUGCUUUUGCCACCUGUGCCAGGUUUCUUUACCCAGUAAGAGUGACUUUCAGGAGCACAUCCUGUUGCAUAAUGCUGCAUCGUCGUCGUUGGGGCUGACACGUAGUUUCCCGGGGAUAGUGCCACACAAUCUCAGCACUGUCCGUUCCCCAGCGGUCAAUCCGUACACCCCAGCUCUUGGCGACCCUCUUCCACUUCCCCCUUUACCUGACAAACGUUACGAUCAGAUGUUAGGUCCUCCUGUCAACAACCCCAUUUAUACGUGUGCAUACUGUGGGUCUGGACAUUCCGAUGUGGAAAGUCUCAAACUGCACUACUUGACCCAUGAAUCUCACCCCUCAGCACAUGCCCAAGUGGGACCCUCUAUCCUAAAUUCAGAUGGCCUGGGCUCCAACUCCCAGCCAUCUGUGUCCUCGCCCAGCGGGGAAUCCAGAUCCCAGCAGCAGUCCUCGUCCAUUGAUGACGCAGACCGCAGGUUCAAGUGUCAAGAGUGUGGAAAAAGCUAUCGGCAUGCAGGGAGUCUUGUUAAUCACAAGCGCUGUCAUCAAACAGGGCAGUACCAGUGCACCGUUUGCUGUAAGGAGUAUCCUCACCUUGCAGCGCUUCACAGCCACCUCCGCAGUCACAAAUCCCGCCCAAACUCUCAGGGUAUGAACUCAGAAGGUGACUGGCUCUCUUCCGAGCCCAUGACAGGCCUAGAUUCCCAGCAAGGCUUUGUGCAUUCUCAGGAUCAGGAGAAUGGCGCAACGACACCCAUCUCACUUUCUGGUAAUCUCGGUGACGCUGCCCAUUUCGUUCCAGACAGUGGCCAUAGCAGCGGCCUCGACUCACUGGAGUUCCAUGACCGGUUUGAUGGCUCGCUGGCUCAGGGCAACUCUGGCCAUCCGCAGAACAGUCGCCAAUCAGACCGGAGCAUGUGUGCUGAACAGGGCAGUAUGUCCAACGGCUACAUGGGAAACAUGGGCUUCCACAGUUCAAGUGGUACUUCUUUGCCAGCAAGCAGCUCCAGCCUCAAAGAAGGCAGCCGCCAGCGACGUGGACAAGAGCAGUAUGGAGGAAGUCAGGGAGGCCAGUCUAAGAGAAUCGAAGACAAAGAAGAUGAUGGUGAAGUCUACCAGUGCACAGUCUGUGGGAACCAUUACGCAAGUCUUCGGGCCCUUCGUAGCCACUUACGCAGCCAUGGCCUGAACCAAGGUGCCGGACCUUCCUCCUCCCUUUCACCUGUAGGUGAGCAAGAGUGGAGGAGGCGGCAAGAGGGUAGUCAAGCCAGUCUGCUGGUUUGUAGUAUAUGUGGCCAGACUUUCAGUAAAAAACACGACCUUCUUAAUCACCAGUUGGUCCACGGACCUCCUCGACCGGGUGGCUCUGGACAGGGCUUGGGGGGCGGCAGCUCUAGUGCUAAUGGCAAAAUGGAUGGAAGGAACCACAUUUGCGUUGACUGUGGCAUGUUCUUUGCAGAUCGCCAUCACCUGAUCACUCACCUGUGCCCAGGCAAGGGGAGAGGCGGAGUGCUGAGCAAAGACUUGAACGGAGCUAAAGGGAUGAGUGGUGGUGCUGGGACCAGCAGCAGCGCUGUGGGCCACCGGCAAAUGUCCGGCUCGGACGAUCGGCCACAUAGGUGCGACCAGUGCGGGAGGGGUUACAGGCAUCCAUGCUCACUUCUGAACCACAAGAAAUCGCACAAGACUGGGGUCUUCCGCUGCCUUGUCUGCCAAAAACGCUACUACAACCUGCUGGCCCUCAAGAACCACCAGAGGACUCAUUUUGACUUAAAGAGGCACAAGUGCGAGGAGUGUGGCAAAGCCUUCAAGAUCCAAAAGCAAUUGAUCAACCAUCUUCGUCUGCACGAAGAGCACCGAGCCAAAACAGGAGGUCGAGACCAGCGCGUCCAAAGCAUGAACCAGCAUAACGGAUCACGUUACGAGGGCGGACCCUCUCAGAUGCAGCCGAUGAGAAUGGGGGACCCUAAAAUGCAGAACCCUUCCCAGAUGAUGCCCAAUUAUGGCCAGCCGCAAGGUUUUAAGAAGCCGUACGCCGGUGCGAGGGCCCAGCAGGUGGACGAUGGAAGUGGGCGGCGCCCUUUUGCCUGCGAUCAAUGCGGCCGCACCUACCGUCACGCUGGCAGUCUGGCCAAUCACAAGAACCUGCACAAGAUCGGCGAGUACCAUUGCAACGUUUGCAACUCCACCUACCCCAACCGUCUGGCUAUGAAGAACCACUUGCGUAUGCAUUUUGCUCUCAAGAAGUUCUCUUGCCAAGACUGCGGACGCGGGUUUAGGAACCAGAGGCAGCUUGAAACUCACACUACCAACCAACUUUGCAAAGACCUUCCAGGUCCGAGUGUGCAGCCGACAAUGGCACCUCCUCCUCCAAGCUACGAGUGCAACGGAUGCUCUGAAUGUUUUCGCUCCUCCUCCGACCUCGCUUCGCAUAACUGCAGCGCCCAGCUUCCUUCCUCCUCAGCCUCCCUCAACAGCUCUAGUUUGACCAUGGAACCUGGGGACCUGGGAUCUCCAGAACGCGAGGAGCGACCUUUCUCCUGCGACCUCUGUGGCUGCUCAUACAAGCAUGCCAGCAGCCUUCUGAACCACAAGAACACGCACAAGACGGGGAACUUCAGCUGCUCCUACUGUGACAAGCCCUACACCAACUACAUGGCGCUGCGCAACCACAUGCGCAUCCACACGCAGAAGAAGAGGCACAUCUGCUCCACCUGCGGGAAAGCCUUCCGACUGGCCCGAUUCCUGCGCAACCAUCAGAGGGUCCACGAGGAGGGACACGCCCGAUUCGGAUGCCCCACCUGCGGGAAGAGCUUCCAGGGGCGCUCUGGGCUGGCCAGGCACCGCUGCGGGGACAACCAGGUAGGCAACGAGUACAGGAGGAAGGACACUUCCAGCACCUCGAGAGAAGGGGCAGAAGAGUGCCGGUUCACAUGUGAGCAGUGCGGCCGUUCAUACCGUCACGCCAGCUCUCUGCUGAACCACAAAAACACACACACCGUCGGCAUCUAUCACUGCGCCGUGUGCCUCAAGACCUACCCCAACCUGCUCGCUCUGAAAAAUCACCGUCGGAUCCACUCGGAGUUGCGGCGGCACCGCUGCGCGGAAUGUGGAAAGGCAUUCCGUGUCUUCUCUCAGCUUCAGAACCACCGCCAGCUCCACCAGAAGGAGCGCGAAUUCACGUGCACGCAGUGCCAGCGCACAUUCCCGAGUCAGACCAGCUUCCGAUUGCACCUACAGAUGCAACACGGACGAGCCCAGAAAUCCUCACACUACUCCCACCAGCAGAAUCCGCAAGGUUCCUCUGGCGGCAGUUCCGACCUCGGAUGGAGUUCUGGGCUUGACCUGACCCUGAUGCAGGCCUGUCACCAGAAUCCGCCACAGCGCAGCCGCAACGACGCGGGCCACAAGUCGCACGUUUGCGAUCAGUGCGGGCGCGGGUACCGCCACGCCAGCUCCCUGCUCAACCACAAAAACAGCCACAAGUCCGGCACCUACUACUGCAGCCCCUGUCAGAAAGAAUUCUCCAACCUGAUGGCGUACAAAAACCACCGCCGCAUACACACAGAGCCGAAGCGGUAUCAGUGUUCCGACUGCGGGAAAGCCUUCCGCGUUUCGACGCAGCUCGUGUGCCACCGUCGCAUCCACACCAAGGAAAAACCUUUCUCAUGCCAGCAGUGCGACAAACGAUUCUCCAGCAAGUCAAACCUGCGACAUCACCAAAAAGUCCACUGGUCCCACAACAGCAGCGCCCCCAUGGGCACGUCGAAUUUCCUGGCGAUGCCAACUGGACCUUUUAUAUAAUAUAAAUCACACCCCGGGGAGCAGGAACUUCUUAGUGGAGAAUAGUGACGUGGUUUCUGGAGGUGCCAAAAAAAAAAGAAAAAGUCAUUUCUAGAUACCGUAGCUGUGGGGGGGAGGGGGGGAGGGGUUUAUUAUUAUUAUUAUAAUUAUUAUUAUUAUUAUUAUUAUUAUUAUUAUUUUUCAGAUGAGCAGGUUGUUUAGGUUUUAGAGGACUAACCCACCCAUUUCCAUGCAGAAGUGAAAGAGCUAAGCUGUUUUAUAUCACCUCUGUCCAUCCUGAAGACUUCACCUCACCUGAUUUACGUCUACAAUCCACACCCCGAAGCGAUCGCUCCCACUCUUUACGGCGGGAGCAGGCACGUGCCGAGCGAUCUCCCUCACGAUUUUUACGUCUGGUUUUAUUUUAAGGGUAUUCCAGCAAUAGUACAGACGCAGUAUCCACCUUACACCAAAGACUGAAAUGUUUAGUGUUGGAUUUGGUGUAAGGGACAUAUUGUGUAAAUAAAAUUUUUUUUAUCACGGUUUAGAUCCAUCGUUUUAUAAAUCGUUUGAGCGCAGAAAACUGGAACGCGGAAUUUUUCUGCGCACGCACAAACAUCGCUAGCGGGUCGUCGGCACACGCCUACCGCCGAGCGUAAAGAGUUCGGCGCGGCGCUUCCUCCAGCGAAACAGCACAUUAUAAUCCAGAACAGCUCCACAGAUCACAGGUUAAAGGUCAGAUCCGUUUCUGAUGCCACCCCAGUGAUUAGAUUUAAUCACAUCCUGAUUUAAGUAUUCAUAAAGAGAACGAAGUUUAGAAUUUUAUUAGUUAAAGUCGCACCUUCAUCCUCCGACAGACAGGUCAGCAAUGAUUCUGUGUUACGUAAAAAAAAUCUCACUCGCAACCGACUUCCUGGUGAAACAAACGCGUGUAAAAUACACCUUGUAAGAUUGAUGUAUGUGUAGGUUUUAGAUCUGACCGCAUUAUAGGUCAUAUUUGAAAACUGACUGCAGUCGCCAUGUUGUGUAGAACUCUCAAGGGUGUUUGUUUUCAGUUCUCCCUUCUGAUGUUCUAAUUUUUUUCUAACUUGUGUGUGACGACGAGCUUCAAAACCUUAUUAUUAUUAAUUAUUACUAUUAUUAAAUAUUAUCAUCAUUCUGCAGAUGACGGAAUUGCGGUUUGCUUUCUGUUGCGCGUUGUAAUUUUAAAGAACCCUUGUUUAAAAAAAAAAAAGAAAAGAAAAGAAAAAGCAGCGCCUAAAUAGCUAGUGUAUAGAAAAAUGAUAGGUUGUGCUUUUUGGGAAGAAUUAAAAAACAAAAAAAGGAAACUUUCAAAAAAAAAAAAAAAAGCAAAACGUGUAUAUUGAUAGGCUUGUACUGGCAUUUUGGUUUUACCUUGUAUUGUAUCGUACUUCUGACUGUAUUAUUUACAGGAACACUUUUUUAUAAAAACAUCACUGUAGUAUGCGUUUUUAUUUAUAUUAACCCCUAUAAUGCUAGUUUUUAGGAAAUCUCCCUCCUCCACACAUUUAUUUUUUUAUUUUUUAUUUUCAGUACGCGACCGACUCGGAGUCGAGGAUGCCGGGACUCCUAAAGAACAUUUGUUCUUGUGACUAAUCGCAGUUCUCUCCUGGGUUUUAUGCUUUUAACGCGAUUGGGCUGUGUCUCAAAUCACCCCCUUUCCCUUGUACAAUAGACAGGGAGCUGUAAUAAUGUGUGUUUCUCCCGAUUGAGUGUCACUGUAUCGUUACUCCGUCCUCGUGACAGUCGUUUCCCCUGAAAAAAAAAACAUGGAUGUGCCUCUGUUUCACACUUUUAAGGGAUAAUUUUUGUGAACAUUACAAUCACUUGGGCAAUCUUUUAUUUUCCUUUUUUUUUUUUUUUUUUCUUCUUUUGGUAUCCCUUGUAUUUAUUAGUAUCUUUUUUUUUUUUUUUUUUUUUUUUUUAUUUAAUUGCAUUUUUCAUUUCAUCCUUUAUUACCAGGAAGCACUGGUGUUACCGAGUCCAUUAUAUAAAAGAGCACAGUUAAAAUUGUGUGUGUAUAUAAAUAUAUGUUCCUAUAACCUGAAAAUUAGGUGAGGAAGAAAAAAAAAAAAAAGCUGAACUAUAUAACAAUCGUAGGUGCAUUGAUUUGGGAAGGAUUGACGAAUAUUAGAUUUCCAUUUUGUGUUUAACCUUUCUUUUUGUUUUCCCUCUUUUCAUGCGUUAUAUAUAUGUACUGCUGACUAUACACUUUUUUUAAAACUACAUUUUGAUAAUUCAUUUCCUAACAGAAAACUCGUUUGGAUUAUAACCUUAACGCUCUCAAGUAAUGAAAAUAAAUAGCUGAAAACAAAA